CAAACGAACCCCACACCAGCACAAACAACCAGUGGACUCUCUCGCGCGGUUGGCUCGUUCUCGUGUGCUCAGUUGUCGCUAGAAUCUGGAGCUGCGCGUACGUGAUACUUACGUCCCACGGCCCUGAUUCUGCUUAGCUAAGCGCGUUUGUUCUAGUUGGGGAACUCCAGCUUCGGAAACUUGAGGUUGCAUUUACUGGGAAUAAACGGUAGCUGUGCGUGUGUAACGAUGUCGCGUUUGACGUACGAACAGUUUCAGGCGCAACGCGCAGAGUUCUUGCGCGAUGAAGAGAGCCGUGCCCUUGGCGCAGACAUCAUUCUGACCGAAGACGAGCAAAAGGUCAACGAAUGGUUGAUGAAGCUGAAGAAGGCAGAACUGGACGCCGGCUUCAAGACGCCACGGGAGUUUGCCCCGGCUCGGCACUUUUUCACCGUGCUCGAACAGAUCAAGGCUUCACCACUGUUUCAGCUGAUCAAGCGAAUGCCCAAGGGAGGAAUUCUUCACGCGCACGAUACAGCCAUCGGUAGCAUGGAAACGAUCGUAAAGGCCACCUACCGGGAGCAUCUUUGGCAGAACGGAGAGUUCGAUCGACCCACACCACCAAACUACAAGUUCUCCAGAACUAAACCAGACCCGUUGGACGGCGUCGAGUGGCGAUCCGUCGCAGACAUUCGCAAAGAACUUGGCAACGAAGGCUUCGACCAAAACCUUCGCGAUGUGUUUACCCUCUUCGACGAAGAGCCCUCGCAAACCUACAGCUGCAUCAACCACAUCUGGGGCAAGUUCCAGUUCAUGUUCAUCUCCCUCGAACCCAUCGUCACUUACAAACCCGUUUGGGAAGAUUACUUCCGAAACUCGCUCGAAGAAGUGCACCAGGACAACGUUUGCUACCUCGAGUUCCGCGGAGUCCUCCCCGUGUACGACCUGGACAAUCGCGUCUACACCCCGGAAGAGGUCGUUCAAAUCUACUACGACAUUGUGCAAACCUUCAAGCAGACGCACCCCACCUUCAUCGGAGUGAAGCUCAUCUACGCGCCGAUCAAAUUCGCCGAUGACGCCCUGUUCGACACCUUCCUGGACACGGCCGAGAGUCUGCACCAGAAGUUUCCGUUUGUGGCCGGAUUUGAUCUGGUGGGACAGGAGGAUACCGGCCGACCGAUGACGGACUUCAACGAGCGGCUGCUGCGGAUGAGUCCCACCAUUCAGUUCUUUUUCCACGCCGGUGAAACCAACUGGUGCGGGUUGAUUGAUGAAAAUUUGAUUGACGUCAUCCUGCUGGGAACGAAGCGCAUUGGCCACGGCUUUGCCGCCGUCAAGCACCCUCGAGUACUGGAGGAAAUCAAAAAGCGCAACAUCUGCAUCGAGCUCAACCCGAUCUCGAACCAGGUCCUGAAACUGGUCGACGACUACCGGAACCACGGGGCGAUCUACUUCUCGGACAACUACCCGGUGGUGGUCUCGUCGGACGAUCCGGCCUUCUGGUGCGCAUCGCCGCUCAGCCAUGACUUCUACAUGGCGUUCCUGGGGCUGGCCGCGGCCCGGCAAGAUUUGCGCCUGCUGAAGAAGCUGGCCCUGAAUUCGCUCGAGUUCAGCGCGAUGUCCAAGGCGGAGAAGGCCGAGGCCAAGCUCAAGUGGACCGUCGCGUGGAACAGCUUUAUCGAUCAGACCGUCAAGUCGAUUGCGUAAUGGGUAGAUGGGUAGCAGCAGCGAUGAAGACUCAGUAUUCGACUUAUCAGGGGUUGUCAAUUGGACGCCAUCCACCCACCACAGGGAGAGAGGGGAUAAACGUUCCAGUUUUUAGGCGCCGUCACCGUCGCUGUGAACUUGAAUGUUAUCGCACCAUCAUCAUUCGUGGUGGUGCUUAUCAGCUGAACAAUAAAUUGGUGGAAACAGCAA